CGGAAGCUGACAGUCAGCUGAUUUGUUUUUAUUGACAAAGGUGACGUUACAUUAUCCGUAAAUAUACUGAACACAAAAUCACAUCCCGUCGUCUUUCCCCCUUUUCUCUCUAGCUACCUUUCCUCCGCGCUCCCCGGUAUGGACGAGACUAGUCCGUUGGUCUCCCCGCUACGGGACUCCAACGACUUCGGCUACUGCCCCACCGAGCCCACCAGUCCCCGGGGCGGAUUUGGAGGCACGCCGGGCUCGGUGGUUCGCAUCCCGCCCGGGAGUCCGGAGCGCAGCCGGGAGAGACAGCCGUUGUUGGACCGGGACCGAGGAGGUUCACCGCGGGAUCCGCACAGAAACGACUUCCCGGAGGAUCCCGAGUUUCGAGAGAUCAUCCGCAAGGCGGAACGCGCCAUCGAGGAAGGGAUUUAUCCGGAAAGAAUUUACCAGGGAUCCAGCGGCAGCUACUUUGUCAAAGAUUCACAAGGGAAAAUCAUUGGUGUGUUCAAGCCUAAGAACGAGGAGCCUUACGGUCAGCUGAACCCAAAGUGGACCAAGUGGCUCCAGAAGCUGUGUUGUCCUUGCUGUUUUGGACGGGACUGUCUGGUCCUGAACCAGGGUUAUCUGUCUGAGGCUGGGGCCAGUCUGGUGGACCAGAAACUAGAGCUUAACAUAGUGCCCAGGACCAAGGUGGUGUACCUGUCCAGUGAGACGUUUAACUAUAACGCUAUAGACAGGGUCAAGUCCAGGGGGAAGAGGCUGGCUCUGGAGAAGGUACCCAAAGUGGGACAACACUUCCACAGGAUCGGCCUGCCUCCCAAGUUGGGUUCGUUCCAGAUCUUCGUUGAGGGCUUUAAGGAUGCAGACUUCUGGCUGCGGAGGUUCGAGGCAGACCCCCUGCCAGAGAACACCAACAGACAGAUGCAACUGCAGUUUGAGAGGCUGGUGGUCCUCGAUUACAUCAUCAGGAACACAGAUCGGGGAAACGAUAACUGGCUUCUAAAAUAUGACUGUCCCAUGGACCAGGGGAACAGGGACACAGACUGGGUAGUAGUGAAGGAUCCUAUCAUCCAGCUAGCUGCUAUAGACAACGGACUGGCCUUCCCUCUCAAACACCCCGACUCCUGGAGAGCCUACCCAUUCUACUGGGCGUGGUUGUCCCAAGCCAAGGUUCCGUUCUCCCAGGAGAUCAGAGAGCUGGUUCUGCCCAAACUGGCCGAUCCCAACUUUAUCAAAGAUCUGGAGGAAGACCUAUACGAACUGUUUAAGAAAGACCCAGGCUUCGACAGGGGGCAGUUCCACAAGCAGAUAGCUGUUAUGAGAGGACAGAUCCUGAACCUCAGCCAGGCUCUGAAGGACAGUAAGACCCCCCUCCAGCUUGUCCAGAUGCCUCCAGUCAUAGUAGAAACAGCCAGAGCACCACAGAGAGCCAACAGUGAGUCCUACACACAGAGCUUCCAGAGCAGGAGACCCUUCUUCACCUGGUGGUAGAGGAGGAGGAGGAGUGAGUGAGUGUGUGUACGUUGAAUGUAUGUGUGUAGUAUGUAGGUCAAACAUGUGUGUGUAAAGGGCAAAAUAAGAGUGAGGAGUCUUCUCCUCCCCCCAACGGACACAGACGGUAUUGGAGGAAGACGAGGAGGACUGAAGAAAAAGGAAGAGAGUUAUAUCCCUCCCUCUGUUUGUCACUGUGCCUUGUUUGGAUGUCAAAUACAACAAUGAAAAAGAAUGGAGUGUAUAUGAUGGGCUCAGUAAACUCCCUUUCUACGGAGUUGCACACCGGUUACGUCCCAAAUGGCUCCCUAUAUAGUGCACUACUUUUGACCAGGGGCCCAUAGGGUGCCAUUUGGGAUGCUACCACUUAACUCAGCCACUUAACUCAGCCACUGCAGUUUAAAGCCUCUCUCUCUGUUUGGGUGAGAGGUGGUGUUGCAUUCCUUAUGACAGUCACUCUGUGGACAGCAGCAGCCACGCUGACUCAUUGCUCUCACGGCUCUCUACUGCCCCCUUUCUCGUCGGGUGAGGAACUGCAAGGUACUGCAGCGCAUUGGGAGUUUUAGGGGGCCCAGUUUGGAGAAACUACUACUUAUUUCCCUUCGUUUUGGAAAGACAUGCAUCUUUUUCUUUCUGCCAUUCUGUAGUCGAACACAUUUAAGACGUCUCCCGUCGCUUCGGUUUACUUUGAUUUCUGUUGUUAUUUUUAUUUUCAUGACUUGUGAGAGAAACACACCAUCAGGACUUCCUGCUGUUGCCACAGAUUCUAACUGACCUGAAAUGUAUUGUGACAAUGCACUGUAUAAUUUGUAUGUAAUAUAUUUAAUGAAAGAUUAUAACAAAACUGUAUUACAUUAA